UGCGGCUGACAGCGCUUAAAGGUUCGAGGCAGUUUACUCAAGUAGCUGCAGAAUAAAAAUAUUUCAAGAAAGACAGAAAACUUGAGAAAAAAAGAUAGUUGAUAACGCAAUCAUAAUAAAUAUACUAGUAGCAGAGUAAUGUCAUAGAUAAGAUAAGAAAUAUGUUAAGAUUUAUAUUCACUCCUUGGCAGCAAUUAUUUUUUGUUUAAGCAGUAGUCGAAGCUGGAACCUCAACUUUAUUUAAAGUAAAUUUAACUUAUUUUGAGUGUAUUCAAAUUUCUAGUAUUUCAACAAAUUAUCAUGGCCGAAAAUUCAGGAGAUCAAAUGAAAAUCAAUCAAGUAGCCCUUUUUACUCCAACGUUAAGCGAAAUAAAAAAUGUUAUUACUCCAGCACUUGCUACAAAUUUUGAAGAAAUUGCUGUGGAUCUAGUAGAUUGUCCAGAUUUAACGAAAGUACCAUUUCAAUUAGCAUCUGAAGGGCUUGGUGGACAUCCAAAACUCUUUGAUAUUGGAGGACCACCUUUCCUACUUCCGUCAGUUCAAAGGGAUAAACUUUAUGAUGUUCAAACAAUUUUGAAGCAAAUCAAUUAUAAUAAUAAGGCUUUUGUUAUUGGAGCAGGUGCUGGUCCUUGGCCACAAGUAUCUCGAAAUUGUGAAAUGAUGAUGAAUGUCGUAAUUGAUUCGGAUGAGAUAAAAAAUCAAACUAAACUAGCAUGGGUCGGAGAUGACAACCAGUGUGUGCUUCAGAAUUGUAAAGAAUCCGACACUAGAUUAGCAUUACUAGCCAAUUUAUUUGUUUCUGAAGGAAAACCAGGAAAAGUUAUAAAAGUUUAUGUUAAAACUCGUACUGGAAAUCUUGAUUUUAUUACAACAAUCCAAAAUGCAUUGUCUGCAAGAUAUAGAGGUCAAUUAGUCGGUAUGGGUGGAACAUUCCUUAUUAAACAAGGAAAAGUUAAGCAACACGUUAUGCCAGAUUUUUCACCAGUACCAUUAAAUAGUGAAAAAUCUCUAAAUGAUUGGCUACAUUUUUAUAAUAUGUCAGCACCAUUAGUUGCUGUUGGAACAUUAGUAUCAGCAGAAAGUAAUUUGGACCUUCGUGUUCAACAUUUCCAUAGUUUCAGUGAUCAUGGUGAGGGUGGUCAUUAUCAUAUCGAUGUAACUCCUGAUACUGUUGAAUAUUUAGGAUACUUUAACAUCGCAGAUUGCUUGUACCGAAUCGAUCAGCCACCUAAAAGUGUUUUAUUUGGUAAAGAUUAGUUGCCAAAUAUAUUUUUAGUUUAUCUCGAAAAUUUUUUUAUAUAGUUAUUUGAUACAAUGUUUACCUACACAAAAUUUUAAAAAGUGAUCGCAGUAAUGAAAAAUCCCUCAUUUUAUUACUGCAAUAUUAUAUUUAUAAAUAAAUUAUACUCCAAAUUUUAUACAUAUAACUGAGUGUCAUUAUGAA